GAUGACACGGCUGUACACCAAGUUUCCAACGAAUGGAAGAAGAAUGGGAGAACUUUGAUCAAACCAUGGCCUGGAGUCUUAUCAGGAUCACGUGGUCAGAAGUCGCACCAGAAGUCACUGAUAUUGGGGAGUGUUGAUGACAUCAAAACAUUCCCGGCAGAUCAUGUUAAAGGAACUCCCGGCACAAAAGGUAAAGAGAGUAACCUCGUCAUAUUGGACGUGAAUGACGUCAUCAUUACUGUUGGAAAGGGCGCUAUGAACACUGAAGCUAAUGACGCCAUCAAAACUCUUGGCAAGAGUGUCUUCGAACCGGAAGUGAAUAACGUCAUCAAGCCUGAAGGGAAUGGCAUCUACAGAACGAAAGGAAAUGGCGGGCGCAGACCCAACUUAAAUGACGUCAUAAGAAAUCACUUGAAUAAAGUUUUUUCACCAGCAGUUGUCAAGGACGAGACCAUCAAAAUGGAGGAUACAGAAGAUGCUCGUAUUGAAGAGGAUGAAGAGGACAUGACGUCACAGGAGUCGUCUGAAGAAAUUGCCAGUGACUCAGAGUCAUCCAACACUGUAGUGGAAGGUCAGUUUUGAGAUUCCCUUCCUAAUCUUAAUUCUAUAAACAUCUCAUUCUCCUCUCUCCAGUUUCCUUUCUUUAGUCUUUAUCGACUUAUUUAAAAAACACAUUUCUUCUUUCCUUCACUUUAAAGUUGAUAUUCUUAUUUAUCUCCUUGUCUUUAGACUUCCUUCACACACUAUUUCUCUAAAGAAGUCUUUAUUUAUUUAUUUCUCUCUUCCUUUCUGUCAUUUAUAUACUUUUAUUCUUACAUUUCUUUUCUCUUCCAUGGAUUUUACAAUAGGGCGCAAGCAUUUUAUAUUCAUGAGCUGUUCUUCUGCAGAGGAAAAUAAAAUGUUAUGGCAAUUAUGAAUGUAUAUUAAUUUAAUGGACUUUCGACAAAUAUCAGCUCAAUAGUUUGAUGGACAUAUAACUUAUAUCAACUGAAUAGUUUGAUGAACAUACAACAUAUAUUAACUCAAUAGUUUGUCGAACAUAUAACACAUAUCAACGGAAUGGUUGGAUGAACAUAUAACAUAUGUGAACUCAAUAGUUUGGCUAACAUUUAACAUAUAACAGCUCAAUAGUUUGAAGGAAAUAUAACAUAUAUCAACUCAAUAGUUUGAUGAACAUAUAGACAUAUAAAAUCUAUCAACUCAGUAGACUUUUAGCCUGCUCUAGCCUUGAUAUUCAUCCCUCUGUCUCUCUCCAUGUUCUUUUUUUAUCCACAUUCUUCUUCCCAAAACCAUCUCCUAUACUAUGUUCUAGUUAUCCCCAUGAUAAAAUCUAGUCAUUUUAUUUCAUUUUUUAAUCGGGUCAUGACUUUCCCUUUCAACCCUCCCCCCCCCCCACCAACAUGACGUCACUGAUAACUAACACACAAAGUUUUCCCAUCUUACAGCGAGAAAUGACGUCUGCCGGAAGCAUGGCGCC